AUGGAAUCUACCAUUACUACUCUCACUAGGAGGUAUGAGAGAUUUUUCUCAUUAAGAAAUGAAUCCUUGACUGACACCCAUACCCGCUUUAAUGCUUUAGUAAAUGAUUUAGCUGCUGUUGGAAUUACCAAGAAAACUGAUGUGUUGAAGAAAUGUUCAGAAGCUGAGAAACUAAUUGCUAUGGGUGAUUCUUAUAGUCAGCCUGCUAGUGCACUUGUUGCAUCUAUGACUGAACACCCUAGAUCAAUUUCUAAUGAGAUCAUUCCAUGCAUCAAUGAAUCUGUACAUGUGAUUUCUAACACUAAUUCUGUUUGUUCUGAGUCUGAUUGUGAUGAAUCUGAUGGUGAAGAUUUAGCCAAUGAAGUGGCUUUGUUAGUUGAAAGGAUAAGAAGGAGAUCGUUCAACAAAUUCAAAGGAAAAGGCAGAAGUGGGCAAGCUGAAAAGACCAAGAAGCCAUUUGACUUGUCCAAGGUCACUUGCUACAAGUGUGGUAAGCCUGGACACAUGGCUGGUGAUUGCAGAUCAAAGGAGUCUUCUCAAGCUGUGUCAUCCAAAGGUGGAAGAAAUGAAAAAUACUCAAAGCUCAAGACCAAAUACAAGGCUUUGAAAGCACUAGUGGCUGAGCUGAGUAAGAAAGUUGAAAAAGAUGAGAAGAGUUUGAUAGCCAAAGAUUGGGCUGAAAGUGCUACAUCCUCUGAUGAUGAAAAAUAUAAGGAUGCCAAAUGCUUUAUGGCUAAAGAAGUUACUCAAAAAUUUGCUGAAGACCUUGUCAAAAUUCAACAGCAAUCUGAGUCAGCUCACAAGGUUUCUUCAAGUCAGACUGCUCCACCUGAGGUAAAUAUUUUUUCUAAUCUGUGUGAUAAUGAAAAGCUGUCAAGGUUAAAUAGACUUGGUGAUGAGGUUCUUUUGCAAAAACAUUUUAAUCAAAAACUGAAAAAGGAAAUCUCAAUUUUGAAACAAGAAGUCAGCUCAAAGAAUUUCACCAUUGAAAAACUUGAAUCUGAAAUAAAGGCUCAAAAACAUUUAAAUGCGAUUUUGGUUACUGAAGCUAAAAAUUCAGAAGAAAAGUUUUUGAAAAUCAAGCACAUAACUGAAUCAUGGUGUACUGGCUCUAAAAGAGUUGCUAAAUGUGUUAAUGUGCAACCUCCUUCACCACCCAAGAUACAAACCAAGGGAAAGAACUCUAAACUAAUUAUAUUGGUUCAGAAGUCUGGUAUUGGGUUUAAUGAUCCUGAGAAAGUUGGUCAACCCAUUGCUGAAGCUGUGUCUGAAUCUGAUAGGGGCUAUCAUGAUGCACAUACCUGGCACUUGGACAGUGGGUGUUCCAAGCAUAUGACCGGAUGUAAGUCCCUGCUAUGUAACUUUAGGACAAGUGCUGGUCCUAGUGUUACAUUUGGAGAUGAUUCCCAAGGAAGAACAGAAGGAUUUGGUAUUCUUUCAAAUGGUCCCCUUACCUUCAGAAGGGUGUCUUAUGUGAACGAUCUGAAGCACAAUUUGAUAAGUGUGAGUCAAUUGUGUGAUGCUGGCUAUGAAGUAAGAUUUCGUUCUGAUAAGGGUAUAGUUUUAGAUUUAGAAGGCAAUGUGGUGUUAGUUGCAAACAGAGAUGAGUCUUUAUAUUCAUUUGACAUGAGAAAUCCGACUGUCACAAAAGAAGUCUGUUUCAUGUCAAAGACUCAAGAUGAGCUAAAUUGGUUGUGUCAUAAGAGGCUGUCUCAUAUGAAUUUCAAAGACAUCAACAAAUUGUGUAAGAAAGAGUUGGUGUCUGGUCUUCCUGUGAUUAAGUAUGAGAAGGACAAGCUGUGUGGUCCUUGUGAGAUAGGAAAGAAAUACAAAGCUUCAUUCAAAUCAAAAACUUGCUCAACCAUUGAUAGUUGUUUGGAUUUGCUGCAUAUGGAUCUUGAGAAAGGUAUUUCACAAGUUUACUUAGCAGUAAGAACUCCUCAACAGAAUGGUGUUGCAGAAAGAAGAAACAGAACUCUUAUUGAAGCUGCCAGAUCCAUGAUGACACAAAACAAUGUCAAAGCUCAUUUUUGGGUUGAAGCAAUUCACACAGCUUGCUUCACUCAAAACAGAUCUCUCAUUGUGAAAAGACACGAGAAGAUUUCAUAUGAACUUCUCAAGGGGGGGGGGGGUGGGGAACCAGAGAUUGGUUUCCUAAGAAUGUUUGGAAGUCCUUGCUUUAUUUUACAUCAAAAAGACCAUCUUGGAAUAUUUGAUGAGAAAGCAGAUGAAGGUAUCCUACUUGGAUAUGCCACAAUGAUGAAGGCCUACAAAGUGUACAAUAAAAGAACUAAAACUAUUGAAAACUCUAUAAAUGUGAGAAUUAAUGAAGGUUGCUCCAAGCCAGACUGCUCUCCACUUGAAGAUGACAAUAUUGAUUUUGAAGAACUGGUUGUUCCUGAAAAUAAGCCUCCCUCUAAUCCACCAGUUGAAGAUAAGAAUGCUCAAACUCAGGGGGAGCAAAUAUUUGAAGAAGAAGAGUUACUAUUUUUUAAAAAUGUGCAAGCUGAUCCUUCUCCUCAAGAAAAUAUUACAGUGAAUGACUCCCAAGCUGACUCUGUUCCAUCAACUUCAAUCCAAGCUGAUCAUUUGAUUCCUCAAAAUGAUCAAGCUGGAACGACUAAUGUAAGUCAGCCCAUUGUCCAAGAAUCAAAUAAUACCCAUCAUGUUACUAAAUGGACAAGGAGUCAUCCAAUCAACCAAAUCAUUGGUGAUCCAUUAUCUGGUGUAAAAACAAGAAGAAAGGCAACCGACAAUUUCUGCAUGUUUGUCAAUUUUGUUAGUAAAAUGGAGCCAACUGAUGUUGCUAAGGCUCUGUCAGAUCCCUCUUGGGUAAAUACAAUGCAAGAUGAACUAACACAGUUUGAGAGAAACAAGGUUUGGGAACUUGUUCCAAGACCUCAUCAUUCUAAGACUGUGAUUGGAACCAAGUGGGUCUAUAGAAAUAAGAUGGAUGAAAGAGGAGUUAUGACCAGAAACAAAGCAAGAUUAGUAGCUCUUGGAUACAGACAAGAAGAUGGAAUUGAUUAUGAUGAAACCUUUGCUCCUAUAGCAAGACUGGAAGCCAUCAGAAUGUUCUUGGCUUAUUCUGUACACAAGGGAUUUAAGGUUUAUCAAAUGGAUGUGAAAAGUGCAUUUCUAAAUGGGAAAUUGGAAGAAGAAAAGCCGAAUAUGUUGCUACUGGAAGUUGUUGUUCACAAGUUUCGUGGAUGCAAUUUCAACUUCAAGACUAUGGUGUCAGCCUCAAAAACUCCAAUAUUUUGUGACAAUACAAGUGCCAUAGCAAUCUCCAACAAUCCUGUACUUCAUUCUAGGACCAAGCACAUCGAUAUCAGAUAUCAAUUCAUCAGAGAUCAUGUGAUGAAGGAAGAUGUUGAACUACACUUCAUUCCAACUGAGAAUCAGCUUGUUGACUUGUUCACCAAGCCUUUGGAUGAAAACAGUUUUAAGUAUAAUAAAAUGGCUUCUUCAUCAUUUUCGUCUAAAUCUGUUAGUAACUCAAACAACAAUAAUAAUGAUUCUUCUUCUAAAUCUGGGUUUCAACACCCAGCUCCGGUAAGCGCGAUCAAGCUUCAACUCUAUGUUGUGGGUUCUGAUGUGGUUGUUAGCCCGGCUAAUCUUGAUACUGGUAAAAUCAAGAUCGUCAAUCUUGUCUCUGCCAAUGUUCAUCCUCCUUCUUGGGCAGAAGCUUAUGAUGAAGUUGUUGCCUUUUUAUGGCAUCAUCCCUUUGGCAAGAUAUUGAUUGAGAAGUCGGAUGUGGUGUUGGGCGAGGUGUGUGGUGGGACAGACGAAGAAAGGACAUGCCGUAAUUCGAGGCACCAUCCUUAA